AUGAUUAAAUUCAGACAAAUCUUUUUGAUUAUUCUUGCAAUUGUAAUUCCCGUUGUUCGAGGCCAAAUGGAAGACAUCAGUUUUGGAGAGAAGCACAUCUACGUUAACACUUUCCAGUAAUAUAUCGAAAAGAUUAUAUUUGGAUCGAUUGGAGGAAUCAUGCAAUAUUUGAUUUGCUGUUCGAUUGUGGAGUACUACAACCCAAUGCCAAAGAAUAAACUACGUCUUUAGAAUAUUUUUAGGGAAAUCAGAUAUGGAAUAGUAUAACUCAUAUUUGGAUGCUUCGUAUCUAUGUCCUUUUAUUAUUAUUUAUAUCCCUACACUCCAUACUACAAAUAUUUUGAAACCCAUGAUUAUACACUCUUUCACUUCCUUUACGGAAUAACAUUUCAUUGGCUAUGGACUACAUGCGUUGGAUAUUGGACUCAUAGGAUGCUCCACUUGAAAUAUUUUUAUAGGUACAUCCAUAGUGUCCAUCACUCCUUUAAGGAACCUUCUGCUUUCUGCUAUUGUGCUGCUCAUCCCUUGGAAGGAUUCAUUGAGGGCAAUCUUCUGCUCCAUACUGCUGAAUUGAUAUUGCCAAUUCAUCCUAUGUAAACUAUGAUUUAUGGAGGAAUGAUGGCAUUCAACGACCUAUUCGCCCAUGAUGGAGGAAAAUACGAUCACUCCGAUCACUACAGACACCAUCUAUAUUAUGUAGUAAACUACGGCGAUGCUAAGAUUGAUCGAUUCUUCGGAACUGCAUACGAUCCAAAAAACUAUCCAGUCAAGGAGAAAUGCACUUACUUACCUGAUUUUAAAGAUAAAGAACAUCCAUUAUUUUAGAGAUACAAAUGAUAAUAUAUAUUAAUAUUAAAUAUAAAUUUUAUAUA